UUAACAGACUGGUAAUGUAGCAAUUGUCAUUAAAUAAUAGCAAGGAGAAUUAAAAUAGAGAUUUUAGCAAGGUGGAAUAGAGAAUUUCACUUUUAAUAGAGGAGAAUUAAAGAUUAAAUUAGUCACUCAAAAAUAAGAUGGAAGAAAAUUAAUAAUUAAAAAAUGAAAACAAUUCUUUAUUAAUGGAAUUAAAUAAAUUUAGAGGUUUAGAUUGUGAAUAAAAAAUUUUAACAGAAAUCAUCCUUGAAAAAACUGGUGAUUGUGAUAAACAUAAAAGAAAAUUAUUAAAAGCUGAAAAAACAAUAGUUGAUUUAGAAUAAGAAAUUAGUAAAUUAAAGUUUGAAAAAGAUUAAUAAACUAAAUCAAUACUUGAAGCCUAAACUUAAAAUAUUUAAUUAGACUAAGAAAGAUUAAAAUAGAUAGAUGAACUCAAAAGCAAAGUUAGAAAAUUUAAUUAAGGGUCCAACGAAUAGGUUGAUUAAUUGAAAUUUGAAAUUAGUAAAUCUCAAUUAGAAAAUGACUCUUUAAAAGUCUAAUUAAAGUAAUUAUAAGAUGAAAAUGUAUAAUCUUAAUUAAUAUUAGGCCUCUAUUAAAAGACAUUUAGGUUGCUUAAGUGGUUAUAUAUUAGAAAAUGAAUAAUUAAGAAAAGAGAAUGAAAUAUUGAAUUAAAAUUAUUAAGCUUUAUUAACAAAGUAAUGA